UUUACCAUCUUUAGUUCACCUACCGCCGCCGCCGCAGUCCGAUAGCAGACGGCAGACACGGCAGUGUCUGGAUAAGUACCGUUCUGAGUUUCAUUCAUCCAGUGACAGUUGUUAAUAAGUUACCAAAAUGAAUUUUAUCAUCACGAAACUGAUGUGGCAAAACGGGACCCGAAUAAACCAGUACUUAUUCGCAAUUAUAAUUACUAUCCCGCUGCUCAGCUUUGGAAUGAUCCAAGGCUGGUUGUCACCGAUGAUCUCCGUCCUUCAAUCCACGGAAGGACCAGCUCCGGAGCCCUACACCAGCACCGAUAUAUCCUGGAUGACAUCUGUCACAUAUAUCACCGCAAUCAUAUUCGGUGCCCCUAUGGGCUACCUAACUGACAGAUAUGGGAGGAAGGUCAUGACUCUUAUAACGACCUUUUCACUAAUCUUAUACUGGCAAAUAAAACUGCUAUCCUUGGAGCCAUGGGCGUUGAUUCUCGCACGAGCCAUCGCUGGCAUUCCUUGCUCAGCUUGCUACAUCGUUCUGCCAAUAUAUUUGAAAGAAAUAAGUGAUAUAGAUCUGAGAGGAGCGCUUGGAUCCCUGCUGAUUUUGAACAGGAACAUUGGGUAUCUCGCCAGUUACGUGUUUGCGGAUUUGCUAGAAGUGACACCGAUGCUGUGGAUGGGACUUCUAGUGCCGACUGUCGUGUUCUUCAUCUUCCUGAUAAUGCCCGAGACGCCGGAGUUUCUGGUCAAACAGGGCAAGAUUGAUGAAGCCAAAACUGUUCUGGCGUGGCUUCGCGGCGUGAGCAUCAUGGAGCGAUCACUGGAACAGGACAUCGACAGCCUGGUGAAGGUGGAGAAACAGACCAAGGAAGAGGCUAAGAACGUCUGGAAAAUAAUACUGAAAGAUAAAGCUACCUUCAAAGCUUUCAUAAUCACUUUGGUGAUAAAAAUCACACAACAGUUCGACGGCUACCUUAUCGUGCUGAUAUACGCCGGCUUCGUGUUCGAGCGCGCCUCAGAGUCCAUCAGCCUCAAGUUGAGUCCCAACAAGCAGGUCAUGCUGAUUGGGCUCGUGCAACUGCUGGGCUCUACCAUUGCCACGUGUAUUGUUGAGAAGACUGGGCGUAAGCUUCUUCUCGUAAGCACCUCCUUCGCAAUAGGAGUGGGCAUGUUGCUACUGUCCGCGUGGUUCUACCUCACUGGUAUCGGCAUGUGGCUGCCGGGCUGGCUGCCCGUCUUCGCCAUGUGCUUCUGCAUCUUCGCCGAUGCUGCUGGAUUCCAGCCCAUCUCUUACAUCAUCAUCACGGACUUGUUUUCAUUCCAGCUACGUGGCACAGUGUCAUCGUUCGCGAACAUUUGCGCUAAACUCAGCAACUUUGUCCAAAUGAAAUGGUUCACCAAACUCUGCGAAUUGAUCAGCAUACACUGGACUUUCCUGUUCUUUGCUAUCGUAUGUUUCUUCGCAUGCUUCUACACUCUCAUAGCGUUUCCCGAGACUAGACAAAAGUCUGUCGAAGAGAUAUACGAAAAGCUUUCAAACAGGAAUAAGGAUAAAAAAGAAGAGAGAAUAAAGGCUGUGCCGUAGUAUUGUGAGUAAUGUAUGUUGUAACGGUGUGAAUUAGUUUUGCAUGAGAUUUUAGGAAAUGCUCAAAGGUUGUGAGAUAUGAUGAGUAUUACGUAGAUUUUGAAAUUAUCUUCUCUAAUUAAUCAUAUAAGAUCUUUAAAGAUAAGAAAUUUGAUUUGAUCAAGUAAAAACAUGUACUUAAUUUGUAUAAUACUAUAUAUAACAUUAUACGAAAUUUGAUUUGAUCAAGAAAAAGCAUGUACUUAAUUUGUAUAAUAUUAUAUAUAACAUUUUUCGAAAUUUAAUGGAAACUUCAUUAAAAUUCGUAAUAUUAAUGAUGCAGUUAAGUCCUAUAGUUGUAUGUCAGAGUACAGAUUUAUUUAAAAUCAACGUAAUAUAUAUAUUUUUUUUAAUAAGAGAGUAUGUAGAGUCUGAUAUUUUUAAUAUCAGUAAAUGUAUGUCUUGGUCCAUCCUAGAGAUUUGUGUUUAUAGAUGCAAAUCUAGACUGUUAUUAGAAUAAUUUAUCUCGUCACGUUUAGUUAGUAAAAUAGUAUUUUAAGUAAUUAUUUUUGAGAGAUUUAAAUAUAUUAUGUAAGUUUAAUUUAAUUUGGUCAGUAGUGUUAAAGAAUACUUAAUAUAGUGUAUUAAACAUACACUGCCUCGUUACUCCAAUGGUUAGCCUAUGUGGCUUAGGAUCAUGAUGUCCUGGGUUUGAAUCCAGGACCGGGCUGUGAAAUACUUUUUCCAAGAAAUUUCCAGCCAAAAUUCCCAGUGAAGUAGAGAAAUUCGUGGUGCUACACCCAUUGCUUCAAAUAUCACAUGAUUAUUAUCAUUAACAACAUAUUCUGUUUUUUAAUCGUUAGAGCUAAACAUUACCCACCAACCCACAUUGGAGUAGCGUGGUAAAUCUAAGUUCCAUAUCCCAUCUCCUAUGAAGAAUAAAUAUAGGUACUUACUAUAUUUGUGCAAUAUCACCAGAUUUUACAUUUUUAAACGUUAACAAUGUCAAACUAUUAAUUUCAAAAUGAUAACUAAAUUAAUUCAAAGUUACGUAAUGUUACGUGAACUCGAGCAAUGAUAUUACGUUAAUUAUGUGAGUUUGCAUUUUUAUUAUUAUUAUUUAAAUUAAAAACCCUCGUGAUACGUUUAGUAGGUAUCCUAAACAGUUAUAAUUCACGGCACUUUAUAUCCCGCUACUGAAAUAAUUUAUGUGUUUAAAUCAAAUCUUUUAUUAUUUUAACAAUACUUGUUGAAAUUUUUGCAAGUUGCAGUGUUAAAUUGAUAAUUUAAUUGUUAUAUAACUCUUGCUCCUAAUUUAAUAAUCGUAAAGAACAAAACAAAACUUUUAAUAAAAUGUACCUACACAUCCAUAUUUAUUUUGAUAUUCUAAAUAAUUUUAAAACAUUUACCGAUUUUUUCGCAUGACUUAAUGAGUUUUUCUUUGUUAUUUAUUAAGAGCAUGUAGCUGUUUUGUUCUUUUGCUUUUAAAUUAAACGGAUAAGUUUUAAAUACUGACCCGCACUGAUCCGAUCCGUAUCCUUAGAAAUACGGACAUAAAAACACGGACCGAUUUCGGAUAUUUCGGAUCUUUGAUCCAAAUCUAAAAUAAAAAUAGUCUUAUGAUACGUAUUAGAAACGACUUUCUCCCAUCUGUUUAAUGGAUGAAAAUAGUUUUAUACCAAAAUUAGUACGCUAAAAAUAUGUUAUUAUUAUAGUAGUUUGACUCAAAAACUGGCUACAUUAACUAAUUGGCUGGAUAGUUAAUGGUUAAUAAACAUAAUGGUUAAUGAAAAUUUGACCAGGAUUUUUAAUGAUGGCAAUGUAUUUUAAGGGAGAGCCACUUGGUCCCGCCCUUUUCAACCUCGUGAUAAAUCAAUUUUUUUAACGUACUAAAUUUUAUAUACUUUUCAUCUAUUAAACAGAUGGGUAAAGGUCGUUUCUAAUUCGGAUCUUCUACUAUUAUGUCCGAUUUGAAUCCAAGGGUAUUUUCGCACGGUAGCCGUAUCUGUUGCGUAAGCUACCGUACAAAAUUAGUUCUUUGGAACCUAAUAUCACGGAUUCGGAUCGGAUACAGUGCGUAACCACCCUAAAGGCCAGCCUUCUAUUAGAAACGUUAAUUGUGAAUAAAUCAUAACUAAAGUUGUCUUAGUGCUGAUAUUGAUGCUAAUUGUGCAAUAAGCAAAUACCUCUCAAACGCCAAAAUUUAUAACAUAGACUAUAUUCUGGGAAGUUCGUUGAUGACCUUCCCAUGAUAUGUGGGCGAUAGGGGGGAAGUGAGGUGUAUCAGCCGUGUGAUUUUCGUUCAUCGCUACACGCCCCCCGGCCCGCGCGACCCAUCGUGAAUUUUACAAACGAAGUUGCCAACCUGUAGACUCUGUUUUACUUUAAAACUGUGUUUAUUUUAGCCUAUUGAAGUGUAAGAGCUAUGAUUCAACUGCAUAUUGUAUUGGUAUCAAUGUCCAAGCUUACAUGUUGAAAGUUUUCUAUAGUAUUUCGUUUAGUUUGUUAGUGCAAUUACAAGCAGAUACAGUGCGUACUCCUAACAGUGGCGUAGCGAUCCUUGGAGCGGCCCUGUAUGAAAAUUACUGGGGGGGGGGGGGGGGGGGGGCAAACGAAGUAAAGAUUUCUCACAAAAGGAACAAUAAUGCUUAAAAUAAAUAUGGCAUUGACUUAACUUAUUAUAUAGGAUUUUUCCAAUUGUGGAUUACGUUUUACUAAUUUUUCAAACGCUUUCACACGUAAGGGGGGCCUGUAAUCUGGGGCCCCGUAUCAGUGAUACGGCCUGCUCCGUAAAAGCGUCAAGAUGACUACUUCAAUUUGGUAUGUUCUAAAUUAUUGGUACUUUAAAAAUAGAAGGUUGGUCUUAUUAUUUUAUCUAUUGACAUCCAAUUUUUAUAUUUUAUAUUAAAAUUAUUAAUAUAUAAUUAAAUAUACAAGUAAUUCAAUCUAAAAUUAAAUUUGAAAUACAAUAAAUAAAACUACCUACAUACUUGCGACUGUAAGUUUAUCAUACUAUAUUCUCUUUGUGGUGUAUUUGCUCCUAAUAUUUGUUUAAAACAUGGAUAGAUUACAAAUUAUAAUUAUUAUACAUGUAAGGUAAAGAUAUAAGAUGAUAAUUUAUAUUACAGGAUUGCAGCAAAAUACAAAUCAAUGUAAAAUAUUUAGGACUGAUAAUGUAAAUGUCUAAGUGCCAUGCACUAUAGAAACACGAAGCCCUAUAUUAAUCCAUAUAUAUAUUAAUCCAUAACGUUCUACAAGUUAAUAGCUUGGGACGUAUAUUUGUCUGUUAUUUUCAUUUCAGUAUUGUCAUAAUAGCUGUUUAAUCAAAAAAAAAAACUAAAUAAGUAGAUAGCUAGGUAACCCAGUGCCUAUUGUAAAAUGUACUUAUAUGCAUAAUCUUGUCUUUACUUUUAAGUAUUGUUUAAGUAUUGUAAGUUAUAAAUAAAAUUAAUCAAACCUAUAAAGGAACGUUAAUAAUUGUAAAUACCUAAAUGAAAUGUUGUUUUUCAAUAUAUUUCGUUGAAUGAAA